ACGUCCCGCAGUCGUGACCCGGGCAGAUCCAAUACCGCCACCACCCCCGCACCGCUUAUCUCGACCACAUGCGCGAAGCUGCCGCCACCUGCGGGAGCCCGAUCGGGAGACUUUUGCCAGAUGGGAAGGCGCCCUCUACGUCAAGUGCACUUGUCUGGCUACGUCCCCCUCACGGGCCGCCGCCUAUCUCGGCCUGGACGCUGUCCUUAUUCGACCCGUGCUUCCUCCUCCUCUCUUCUUGCUUCGUCGCCGCCGGCCCGUCUAGGUCUUGUCAAUCAAGGACGUCUGUGCCCCCCCUGGAUCUCUUUGCCCGCGACUCCGAUCGUCGAGCCCCAGUGUCCGGUUCACACAAUUAGGCCCCGACUGGAACACCGAGCAGAAGGCGCACUUUGGUUAAAGAAACAGCAAAAUUCGGACGAAAGCUUGUCGGAGUCGCCGUGCGCCUGCCACCCCCGAGCCUCCGCCAGCGCCGACUCGCACAUGUCUGAAGACCUCUUCGGGUCGGGGAUUGUGACGACCUGUGCCAAAAUUCUUCAAAGGCAGUUCGGCAGCUGCCACCCAUCCUGCCUUCUCGAAACCACACAGCCUCCUCGGCAAAGCGCUGAAGCGACCCCGACGUCAUGACAGACAAGAAGAUAGUUGGGGCCGAAAAGCCCGUGACGUCGGCCCUUGCGCCGGGAGAGGUGGCCGUCCUGGACCACAGGUACAACCGCGACGACGAGGUCCUCGCGGCCCUGGGUUAUAAGCCCGAGUUCAAGCGCGAGUUUACGCUCUGGACGACAUUUUGCGUGUCGUUUGCCGUCCUCGGCCUGCUACCGUCGUUCGCGUCAACGCUGUACUACGGCAUGGGAUAUGCAGGAACCCCGGGCAUGGUCUGGGGCUGGCUCGUCGCCCUGGUCUUUAUCGCCUGCAUAGCCGCGAGCAUGGCCGAGCUCUGCUCCGCCAUGCCAACCUCGGGCGGCCUCUACUACGCCAGCGCGGUCCUCGCCGGCCCGCGCUGGGGCCCGUUCGCGGCCUGGGUGACGGGCUGGUCCAACUGGCUGGGCCAGGUCUCGGGCGCGCCGUCGGUCAACUACGGCGUGGCCGCCAUGGCGUGCGCGGCGGCCUCGGUGGCGGACCCGUCGUACGUGCCCGAGCACUGGCACGUCUUUUUGGUCACGCUUCUCCUGAUGGUGGUGCACUCGGCCAUGUCGUCCAUGCCGACCCGCUGGCUCGCAACCUUCAACUCGGCCGGCUCGACCUUCAACAUGGCCGCGCUCGUCGUCGUGGUCGUCCUCCUCCUCGCCGCGCCCGGCGGCAGCGCGCGCGAGGCCGCGGGGCUCCCGCGCUUCAACGCCUCGCGCGACGUCUGGGGCUCCUUCUACCCGGGCACGGGGUUCCCCGACGGCGUGGCGGUGCUCAUGUCCUUCAUCGCCGUCAUCUGGACCAUGAGCGGCUACGACUCGCCCUUCCACCUGAGCGAGGAGAGCAGCAACGCAAACGUGGCGGCGCCCCGCGCCAUCGUGCUGACGGCCACCGUCGGCGGCGUCGUCGGCUGGGUCCUGCAGGUCGCCGUCGCCUACACCGUCGUCGACAUUGGCGCCGCGCUCGCGUCGGACCUGGGCCAGCCGUGGGCCUCGUACCUGGUCCAGGUGCUGUCGCGCGACGCCGCGCUGGCCUGUCUUGCGCUUACCAUCAUCGCCGGCUUCUGCAUGGGGCAGGGAUGCAUGAUUGCCGCGUCUCGUGUCACCUUUGCCUACGCCCGCGACGGAUGCUUCCCCUUCGCCAGGGUUUGGGCCCGCGUGAACCAGACGACCAAGACGCCCGUCAACGCCGUCUGGAUGAAUUGUACCGUGGGAUGCUUGAUGCUGCUGCUAAUGUUUGCCGGCGACCUCGCCAUCGGCGCCAUCUUCUCGAUCGGCGCCCUCGCGGCCUUCUUCUCCUUCACGGUCCCCAUCGCCAUCCGCACCUACGUGGUGGGCGCGCGCUUCCGCCCGGGGCCGUGGCACCUGGGCCGGUACAGCUGGGUGUUCGGCACGCUCUCGACGGGCUUCACGGCCCUCAUGAUGCCCGUCCUCUGCCUGCCCACCGCCACGGGCGACGACCUGAGCGCCGGCACCAUGAACUGGACCGUCGUGGUCUGGGGCGUGCCCAUGCUGCUCGCCGUCGCCUGGUUCGUCGUCGACGCCCACAGGUGGUUCAAGGGCCCCAGGAUCAACGUCGAGCACAUGCUGGCCGGGCCCGAGCGGGAGGCGCACAUCAUCCGGGGCACCGAGGCGGCCGCGAGCGUCAAAGAGUCCGUAUAGGUGGGGAGGGACAGGACGAGGUUUGGAGAAUGCCGAGUGCAGUGUUCAUGAUGACGCGCGAUGCAGCAUUUCGUGUCCAUGUUUCAAGUCGGAAUGCCGUUUCUAUUGUAUUUGUCUAUGCCACCCCCCCAAAAGAAAAGCCUAGAACAAAGACGUUAACGUCGUUAUGCCAAGCCCUUGCCAAGGGCUGGCUUCCCAAAUAACAAGUCCCAAAAAAGCAAAAUGCCAGAAAAGA